AUGACAUCUGGAAUUCCUACGUAUGACGAAGUGUCUAUCUUUAGCCGAAGAUAUUCUUCCCAAGCCGGAGACACGGAAGACGAUAUCAAAGAGACUCAAAUGCCCACUAUGCCCGCCGCAUCGACCUUUCGCGUUCCCAUCAUCCAUGGCUCCAGAGGACGACCCUCCGGCGGAGCCGUCAGGGCAGGGAGAUGGCGGCUCACCGGGGUGGCAGACAAUUUCCCGCUCCGAAUUGCGAUUGAGGGCUCGGCAGCUUGCGGCAACUCAGGGCGAUCCAGCAUCUCCGCGUCGUCCGCAACCUCGGCUGCGCCCGAUGUCAUCUCAAUCUUUUGGAUCACCCGAGCCCGCUCCGGGCCAGCAGCCUGCCGUAGCUCAGCAAUCUACCACGGCCCAGCUUUCUCUGGCAUCCCAUCCUCCCCCGCCACCUCCACUACCUGCAGCAUCACCUCGGAGCUUGGGAUCACAGCAACCUACCAUAGCCCAGCAAACCUUUGCGGCCCAACGUCCUCUAACAUCCCAUCCUCCUCCACCACCCCCACCACAUCAGAGAGCACCUCAGGUCUCCGCACCCCAUCCACCUACCAUGGCACAGCAGCCUACUGCAGUCCCGCCAUCCAUGGCAUCUCAUCCUCCUCCGCCACCUCGCUCGCCUUCCCUAGCAUCCCACCCGUCGUCGGCAUCUCCACAGCGCCGGAUAGCACCUCAUUUUUGGGACCUCCGCAGUCUGCCACAGCCCAACUUUCCCCGGCGUUCCGUUCUCAGCCACGCCAGGCAACAUCUCAGACCACAGGGCCUCAGCAAACCACCGCAGCCCAGCAGCCUCCUUUGCCUCGACAGCUUGCCACUGCCCAGCGUCCUCCGAGAUCCCGUUCUACUUCAUCGUCUCUGCUACGCCAGGCAACACUUCAGGCCCUGGGACAACAGUUUAACGUAGCUCAGCAGUCUACCGCAGCGCAGAGCCCUCUGGCAUCUCAUCCCCCGCCCCUCCGUUGCGCCCGGUGGCCGCGCCUCCGGGCUUGGGGCCUCAGCAGCCCACCACAAUUCAACAAAUUACGCCGCCGCGGCUUCCUCUGGCAUCUCAUCCUCCUCCACCUCCUCCUCCACCUCCGGAACGCCGGGAAGCACCUCGACAACCGGCUACAGCCCAGCGUCCUUUACCUCAAUUGCGCCAGGAAGCACAUCAUCCACCAAGAACUUCACAACCGCCGGAAUCUCAACACCCUCCGGAAACCCAGCAAACACGAGCCCUCUCCUGAACCUCCAGGUGCCCGCUCUAGCUAUCAACGAGCGGCAGUUGUGAGCAUAUCUUCAGGGGACACUAGUCCGGAGACCGGCGGAAACCGCCCCCGUGUCGGUUCUCCUAGUAAACAAGGCACUACUGGUCAGUCGCCGGCGGCCCAAGGAGGAGGGGUGUCAUCUGAGGAGGAGGCAGUUGACUUGACGAUGAGUGACGACCCUGUAGAAGACCCGUCUGCUGGAUCUAGCGAGAGCCCGAGGGGUGAGGACCUGGUCGCUCGACAUGCCAUUGAUGACCUGUUGAAACGAUACGAAAAGCUCUGGGAGAUUGUCCGGGAUAUAUAUAGCGAGAGGUUUUGUUGGCUGAGGAACCGCUUGCUCGUGCCGGACGAGUACACUCCUGAGGCGCUGGCCAGGAAAGCUGCCAUCAGAAAGGCGAAAGAAAGGGCUUGGAUGGGUGACCCGUCGAACGAUUACCAGGAAGAGUGGAUUACGAAGGAGCUGGGAAAAGAAGGGCUCACAUGGGAGGAUCUCCAGAGAGGCGCCCAACUGCGCGGCGACCAGCUCCCCUGA